AUGUUGGAAACAAAAGGCAAUGUCGAAACUUUGUGUAGAACCCUUGGUUCCAACAAAGAUUGGUUUGAUCAUAAUGUCAUUGUUGCCUUUGGUGGUGACUUUUCUUAUUCAUCGCUUCAUCGCGAGUUGAAAAGAAGAUGCACCACAAAAUUGAUAAGUGAAUUUAGGACUGCUGAUAUUAUCAAUGCUGCAGGGAUAAGCCAGAACUCUGCUGCUUGGCUCCAACAUGGUAAGUAG